UUUUUCCUACGUUCAAUUCUGCCUGCGUACGCGCAAUUUAUACACGUUUUUUCCUUUGAAACUUGUUCUACACCGCCACAGCUGACUUUGAAUUCCAGAGCAUUGUACUAAGCUGCGUCUUUUGCAAGACAUCUCUUACUAGUUUGAAAAGUAUAUGCUGCUUCUCAUUGAGUUUUUAAAUAGGAGAUACCAGUUGUAUUUGAGUUUAAUUCAGAUUGUGAAAUGUUUGGGUGAUACAUUUUGGGAUCAGAGAAUGUCAUCCUCUCGUUUAUUGGAAUCACACAAUGGGGGUCUUUGUAAAAUACAACAUUCAACACUAGUGAUGGGGGUUGCAAGGAUCAAAACUUCCAAGCCUUCCAGCCGGUUUGCAGUUCAAGCCGCAGGAAUGACAAAUUUGUACAGGAAAAUUACUGGUAAGAGGAAGCCAGCGACGUGCUCGCUGCAAGAGAAGGUAUCAGCAAAAGAAGAAGUAAUAAUUUGGGACUUUCCUAAAAGAGGACUGGAUUUACAACCAGAGAAGAAUCGGGCUCAAGAUUUGAUUCAGAAAAUUGUUUUUAACUGUCGAUAUUUUACCUUGAUGGGUGUGGGUUGCGCACUCAUAGGUUCUAUUCUCUGCUUCUUAAGGGGAUGCGCGCUUAUGUGGGGAUCUUUUUUGGAAUACUUCCAUCGUCUUCCAAUUUUCAAGGGAUUAGAGUCUGCCCAUGGAAUUUUACCACUCGUAGAAGCAAUAGAUAUAUAUUUGCUGGGAACAGUAAUGCUCAUCUUCGGCAUUGGUCUGUACGAGCUGUUCAUCAGCAACCUUCACAUCCCUUCAAAUGCACCUUAUGCCUCACUCCCUCAUCGCAGAUCUAGCUUGUUUGGACUCUUUGUCUUACAGCGUCCUGCAUGGUUGGAUGUGAAGUCGGUGGAAGAACUGACAGCAAAAGUGGAAAGAGUGAUGAUGAUGAUAGCGCUGCUUUCUUUGUUGGACAAAAUCAAAUGGGUCCUCAUAAUUACACCCUUCGACUUACUCUGUUUCUCGGCUACAAUACUUUUCUCUUCUGCCUCCAUUUUCCUACUUUCCAAAUUGUCUCGCUAACACCUGCCUUCCAACACCAUCAUGUACAAUAGGUGUUGUGGGGAUGGCAUUUCACAGCACCACUAACUUAAAACUUAUCAAAUACAGAGGUUUUAUCUGUAGAUCUUCAUCAGCUUAAGCAGAGAAAAUGGUUAUUUCAAUGAUCAGUUUCUCGGAUAUUUACUGCUGCCAGGCAAUAUUUUCAGAGUGUCAAGGUCAUCGUUCCAAUGGAAACAGUGAUCUUGAAAAUAUACAGCAAACACACUGUUUAGAAUGAAGGAAAUUUUUUACAUCUUUAACAAAUUUUUGAAGUCUUUUUCUA